CACAUAGAAGCGCUAUUUACGAAUAAAGUGUCUACACAGAUUUUUUAGUAGCGUCACAUCUCAUUAGGAAACUGCUAAAAUUCUCAAGGCCAAAACUGGUUGUCUUGUAAAGACUUGUCGACUUUUUCAUUGGGACCUAAAAGAAAGUCAAAAAUUUCCAAAAGAUGGUUCUUUUUGGUUUGCAUAUCCCAACUACGUUGUGCUGGCGAUAUAACGAAAUUAACGUUGAAAUACGUGAAUUCUUCCAAUGGGGUAAAACAGGAUUCUUGUGAAGUUAAAUACUCCAUCUUGCUGGUUUGAUUCUUUAGCGUGUGUAUGCAGAUUAGCUAAGAAUAAGUUUACUUUUGAAAGAUAACACGUUAUGAAGUAUGUUCCUUCAUUUUCUGUCGGACUUCGUGGUGUCACAUUUCACUGAUUCUUUCACGGUAAGUAGAAGUGGAUUCUGAGACUUAAAAUCAUUGUGUAGGUCUUUUUGUCAAAUGGUGUAUUGCCUGUUGCCAAGCUAUAUCUACAUAACUCUUUUUAUUCCUUAACGUUUUCAGUGGAACAUAGCCCCAUGCCUAAACUUCCCUCUUUACAAGCCUUAUUAUUGGCUUAGUGAGGUGAAGGAAUGCGUCGGUUGGGGAUCGAACCCCGAACGACAUUCGCGGAUGGCGAGCAUUCUACCGCUAUGCCACCGACGCACAUCUACCUAACUAGAACUAGAGAAUUUUUGUCCAUUUUACCAGCUUAACACCAUAGUAGAGCGAUCAGCGAGUGUGUUCAGCUAACUGAAUGGCCAACUUUUACACUGCAUUAGUUGAAACAUCUCAAAAACAGACGAAUUCGGUAUCGUAAUGAUUUUUAAUCAAAUUCCGCUCAUUAUUAAUUGACAUGAUUAUGAAUAAAUUGUGUUCAAAAUGUCAUCCAGUAAAUAAUACUAUUCCACUGUGACACAACUGAUAAACAAAUUAAUAUAAUUAAGUUCUGUCUUAUUAACAUUUGUUUGUCUUAGAUUCGUAUCUGGAAAUAAAAGGAGGGUCAGAAAACUUCUAGUAAUCGUACUAUAUAUAAAACUAAGAAAGUGUGAAAGCAUCUCCAAAGUUGCGCUUGUUCAAGACGCUACAUUUUUGUAGCAGACAUUUAUGAAUAAAGCAAAUCAACAGUUAUAAUUCAACACAGUACCCACAAUUCUUAUUCAGGUAAAGGUUGAGUACGUCUGUGUGGCAUUAAUUUAGGUACUCUAACUUCAGGCAGGGUCCUGCAUUCAUGUACUACUCCGUAUGAUUUAGACUGAAAUCAGUCUGUAACAUAACCGCUGAUAUCUUAAGUGAGACCAAGUACAUAAGCAUGAACCUGAAACUCAUGCGUUGCCACAUAUGCUACUUACAAUUCUUAGCUACAUACAGAAAGAAUACAGUUAGCAAAACCUUCGUUCUGGUGUGUGAACUUGUUCAUGUUGGCGUUAUCGGUCAUCAAUUCAUCCAUAAUUCUGGUCUAGCAGUACGUGUAAUGUUUGAUAAAAAAUGUGUUCACUUGUGCUACAAGUACCUUGAUAAGGUUGUACGUCUUUGUCAGCAGCCAAAAUUAAACUUGAAAAUCAGUCCACCUUAUAUCUUGGAUAUUAUUCCGGACAUAUAUGAGAAGUUACAAGGUAUCACUGCCAGUUACGAAGAAAACUAUGAUGUUCUUUCUCAGAUAGAAUACUUCCAGAUAUACAUUUCAACAGUGAUAGAAAAAUGUGAGCAGACUAUCAAUCUGUUCAAGAAUUCUAAAGAGAAGAUAUUCGACACUAAUUCAGAUGCGCGCUUUCGCCUGGUUAAGCUGUCACUUGUGUACUCCCACUUACUCAAAGACCUUGAAGCUCUAUUUCCACACAAUAUUUUUACCUCAACAACUUUCCGAAUAACUAAACCAGAUGCAGCGCGCUGGUGGCUGUCUAAUUUUGAUAAUAGUGCAAUAGUUUCAUGGCAAUUAUUCAAACAUUCUCUACUUCAAACAUUUCGCAUAGAUUCAGAGGGUCAAUUGUCGGCCCUGCAAACAACAAUAGACAUUACCUGCAAUGAUUAUGUAUCUAUUUUCGAAUUUGACGUAUUCACCAGGUUAUUUCAACCAUGGUGUAAUAUACUUGAAACGUGGAAAGCUUUGGCUAUUUUGCAUCCCGGUUAUAUGGCGUUCAUGACAUACGACCAAGUUAAGACAGUUCUUAAGCGUUACUGUACUCAUCCUGGUCCGGGAACAUACGUCUUCCGACUGUCAUGCACCAAAUUGGGCCAAUGGGCUAUUGGUUAUAUAACUCAGGAGCUUAAGAUACUACAAACUAUAAUACAGAAUAAAUCCUUGGCCCAAGCACUAGUUGAUGGAGAAAAGGCGGGAUUUUAUCUGUACCCAAACGGAAAGCCUAAUCCAACUACACUGCUCUUUCACCUAACACACAAUCUCUUACAAGUUCAUUUACAAGUUACCAAGGAACAGUAUCAAUUAUAUUGCGAAAUGGGUUCGUCUUUUGAGUUAUGUAAAAUAUGUGACGAAAAUAAUAAAGACACACAACUAGAACCAUGCGGUCAUUUGAUAUGUAAACAUUGUCUCCGUAAUUGUCAAUCCAAAGGCAAUGGUCAAACUUGUCCAUUUUGUCGACUAGAAAUAAAAGGAAUUGAAGAAGUCGUUGUUGAUCCUUAUAAACCUUAUAGUACAACAAACUUUAAGAGCGUUGAACCGAUAAUGCUUUGUCCUCGACCACUACUUCUUUUCGAAAACACCAAUAAGACAAUGGACAUCCCUUCGUAUCGUUCUAUGAAUGACUUGUGUAAUACAAUGGAUUUUCCAUCAAACUCCUUAGUGACAGAACCGCCACCCAUACCACCAAGAAAUUUAUGUCUCACUCCAAAAACGGACAAGAAGGAAGAAUAUGAAUGUAAGCUCCGAAGUAGUCACACCACUAUCUCAUCCAUCGGCUAUGGAGCUGAAGUAAGUUUUUUUACGCCUAAUUCGAAUCCCCACACAAAUAACCAGGAGCAGAUUUCUGAUCCAUCUCAAAUAAACAACAUACAUGUACAGACAUCUGUUAGUUCCAGUGGUGACACACAAUUAAGUUCACAAGGAGAAGCACUUCCAACGUCCUUGCGGAUUGAUGUUCAAACAAGUACGGGAAAUAUUAACCAAGCAAAAGAUUUAAAUUACACUCAGCUAGAUUUAAAGAAAUCGGAGUCAAGCAGCGACUUCGAAACUUUAAUUCCCAAUAAAUCGAAUGCAAUGGAAGACCGACAAAACAACUCAGUAUUUACAAAUUGCCUUCCACAUAAGUAUUCAAACGCCACUUCCUGUUCUCCGUCAAACACUGAUGAUGAUAAUAAUAAGGGCAACCGCCCUACAGAUAAUGUGAUAACCACUGAUGCACCGGACCAUAGCAUAAUAUUUAUGACAAUGAAAUCUGUAAAUGAAAAUAUAGAACAGUUGCUUAGUAUGAAUCCUGAGAUGACAGAAGAUACAGCGAAGCUUUUGCUAACUAUAACAGAUAAUCAUAUUAAUAUAUCACACGAAAUUUGGAAAUAUUUUAUGCCACGUGUAUAACUAAUUAUUUGAUUUCAGUUUUAUAUUGAAUGCAAGACUAAGCCUCAAAAACAGCUGUGACAAAAAUUUAUAUUCACUUGGUACUUUUAUAUUUUUGAAUGCAAACAAUAUUAAUAAUCACUUCGGUUUUG